UUCAUCAGGACUUCUGUGGACCCAGCUUCCUCCUCUGCCUAUAGUUUUAAGCUUCACCUCAGAAAUGAGGAAGAUCACACAUGCGGGAACCUGAGUCCGUCUGGUCACAUUUUCACUGCAUGUUGAGGACUGAGACAAUGCCAGCCAUGGAAGGACGGCAAAAUCAGUGGAGAUUAAACAAUCUGCACGUAGUACUUCUAUUUUUGUUUCAAACUCGUUACCUCUGUGCAGCUGGCGGCCACCAACUCUGUUUUACCUACGGGUGCUUUGACUCAACUGACACCCAACUUUAUGUGACACUGGACGAUGAUGAAGUGUGUUAUGUAGAUUUUAAAAAACGCACCGCUGUUUGGGACAGCAAAAUCCAAGCAACUAUGCUUCCCGCAUUGGCUUACAAAAAUGCAGAAACUUGCCGAUCCGUGUGUAAAAAAGACAUAAAUCGAUGGAAACCAGACCCCGAUGUUAGAAGGACUAAAGACCCACCAGAGUUGGUUAUUUUCCCCAGAAGUGAAGUGAUAAAGGAUGAAGAGAACACCCUUGUGUGCAUCGUCUACAACUUUUUCCCUCCUGCGGUCACAAUCAGGUGGACCAAGAAUAACAAAGAAGUGUCAGUGGAAGAUCCCUUCAUCAAAACUAAAUCCAACUCUGAUGGGUUGUUCCACGUGUUCUCCUACCUGAACUUUGUUCCAAAGCAGGGGGACAUCUACAGCUGCACUGUGGAGCAUGAAGCACUGGAGGAGCCCAAGACAAGGUUUUGGGAAGUUGAAACGGAGGAGAGGAGUACGGGUCCAACUGUCUGCUGUGUAUUUGGUCUGAGUCUCGGGUUGCUUGGAGUUGCUGCAGGAAUCUUCCUUUUUGUGAAAGGAAGCCAGUUUUGUCACACCUGAGAUGUUUUUGGCAAAUUCAUAAAACUUUAAGUAAUGUCAUGCUUUGCAAAGUUGUUAACAACCUAAUGUUGAGUCAUUAUUUUCUUUUGAAGUUUAAUUUAAAUAAACUGAAAGAAGUUAUCCAAAGUUUAAGUUGUGUUUUCCUUUUUAUAGAGAGUUUAAAGGAUGUAAAGACAAAGUCUUUGAAGGAAAAUCGGAUGAGACUUUCUCUUGUUUGUACUCUGAAUUGACAGACAAAAGAGACAAAAGAGAUGAGGAGAAGGAAAGCAACACUAUUUGUGUAAAUAGGAGAAGGAAGCUCAAUUACACAAAUUAAUGAUAUGGUUCAAUGCCUAGGGCAGCAAAAAAGUUUACUAUCACCCAUUAGCCUGUUUAGUGAACCCUACCUUGGAUUGUGCAAAGUGGAAGCAAUGUAAAAAAAAUCUGCCUUUUCACAAUGAACAGCCAUUAAACUAAAGGUGCAUCCCUGAUGCAAGAACGUCAUUUUAUUUUAAAAGAAAAAUGCUUAAAUAAAACCAAACGGAUAACAUAUUAAGAGCAAACUCUUAAAUCCAGCAAACAAAUUUCAGUAACGAAACCCCUUAAGGUAGAAUUUUUUUUCUUGUCUUCAAGUGUUUGUGGAAGAACUGAAGAGGCAAGACAGGAUGAAGUCAGUCUGCUACUAAUAUGUCGCUGACUCGGCUAGCGAGGUAGACAUAGCCUCAUAUCAGCUGACAAUAAUGGCAAACAUUUAAUGUUGCAGCUGUAAUAUGGGAUGUAGCAAUUUUACUUUUUCUAUGGAGCAAGCACGCUGAGGGAUUUAGGACAUAAGAGUAACAUGAACCGACUCUGCUUAGUGCAUUUAAUGUUUUUUUCUACCUGAAAACAAAGAGAUAUAUUUAGUUAGCUAAUAUACUGUAUAUAACCGAUCAAAAUCUAGAUAGGCUGUGUUAUUGUCUUGACAAAAGUUUGGACAAUGUUUUUCUUCUCUCUUUCUCUUUAGAUGUUCAAACAGGCAAGAUGAGUAGCACUUCAGCUUAGAGUUUCAGUA